AUGCCCACGUGUAUUCAGCCGGCGUCAUCGUCCAUCGGCGGUUUUGGCAAGGCCGACGACAAUGUUCGAAUUCUACUGAUGGCGUCGGUUCGGAAUGAGUUCGGAGACUCUUCAGUUUUCUCUCGACUCGGUGUCACUUCACUUGGACAGCACUAUGUCUUGGUGACAAGGAAGAAGGUGUUUGGAGGAUAUACGACACACAUGAUCACUGCCAACAUGAGGAAUCGACCAUUCAUCUCUGAACCGUUCAAAGUUUCCAUUGGAUCUCAAUCGGCUGAGGAGUCCCGGGAUCUUAUAAGCCGUCUCACAGCUGCUCUCAGUCGCCCGGGGAUGUUUAGCUUCGAUGAUGCUCCGGCUGGAUGUCAAUUCCCAGUUGGAAAGGAAUGGAUUCAGUUGGAUGAAGUUCCAGUUGACGUGCAUAACCAUCAGGACAAGUACCUUGAGAAAGGUGAUGAGAUAUUUUGCGAAGUCAAUGUUUCGGGUGUCAAGUUUUAUCACACUGGCAUAUAUGCAGGAGAUGGAAUGGUUUACCACUUUGUUUGUGAUGCUCAAGAAUCAGAGUCGUUGGCCGAGGCGCUAUCCGUCUUCAGUGGAGCAUCCGCUCAUGUUGUCUACGACACCUGGUUCGAGUAUGUUUAUGCACUGGUUGAGGUGUCAGAUGUGCCACCAAGAGUGUUCAGAGCUUCGCAUCCGUUAAUUUGUCGAUCCGGAGAUCAGAUUGUGAAGUAUGCUGAAAACCUGCAACGAGAGCUAGAGACCUACGAUAUUCGGCGCUGCAACUGCCAACACUUCACUUCUGAAUGCACUUCUGGAGUUGCAUUCUCCUAUGACAUGACCUCGAAUUUCAAAUAUUUUGCAUGCUCGGUCUUGAAGCCAACCUCAACUGUCGUCAACGCUAUGACCAGAUCGAAUAGGGAUCGAUCCAGUUUUGCAAGCAGCAGCACAUCCUCAUAG